AAUCCAGUAUCGACCGGCCGCCGGGUUACAAUUUUACAAGAAUACACUGAUCGAAAUCCAUCCGAGACCUAUGAUAAAAUCGGUACGGGCCCGGGGUUCCUAAUCGAAGUGAGCAUGCGAAUCGGCUAGCGAAUAGAGGAACCCGAGUGACAAUGUCGUCUGUGCUAAUCCAUAGGGAUGUUUUCGUGGCACCGCCAACGUAAACCCACCCGACCAUGGGACGUCAUUCGAAGCCGUCGUAAACACCACCAAAUUUUCAGCAAAAUCCGAAUCGGUCUGCCCGGAGUAUUGAGUGCAGUGCUAGUGAAAAUUCAUCGCGCCGGUUCAUUCUCUACUAUCGACUUACUUCCGAUCGGUAUGAUUUCUCCUGCACGCUUCGGAGAUGCUGACGGCUCUUCGGGGAGUUUGUCAUGAUGGAUAAUAUUGGAAAAAUGAUCGAACAGCAGUCAUUAGGUGAGCAAACGAUCGAUUCUCCAGAUAGCAAUGCGCAUGCGGUAAUAUCUGGUGGCAUGGAGACGCAAGUUGUCCGUAUGAGACUCGUUUCACGCGCCGUUGUCGAGAGGCGUCUCGUCAAACAAGAAGAGGUCGAUGGCGCUCUAUCCGUCAUUGUGCAGCCCCAAGAAGAGUCGAGGGACUCUGAAUUACUCAGUCCUGGAAAGCUUUCGCCCAACUCGGUUAGCGUGGCGAAUAUGAUAGAUAACAAUGAUUACAGGACCUUGAACCCUGAACCUACUUACCAAACACUGACCUCGGUGAACGGUAGGAUGUCUCCUCCAGGAUACAGCCCCAGCUCAUCGUACGCCACGCUAACUCCACUCCAACCCUUACCGCCCAUAUCAACAAUGUCCGACAAAUUCGCCUAUGGCCACGCUAGUAAUGUGACGGGUUCCUUCACGGUUAUGCAGAACAACAGCAUCGGCGGCAUCAACUUAGGACUUGGUGUCGGAGUUAGUGCCAGUACCCCUUACAGCAUGACCAACAUGGGGAUGACUCCCCCGCACAAUUACUCUUCUCCAGGAAUGGGUAUGCAGCAACAGUCUAGUCCAAUAAGUCCUCAGAGUACGUACAGUCAAAACGGUUUACCCUCUCCUCAGAAGAGUAUGUCACCUCCGAGCUACGAUUCUCCAUAUGGAAACCAAAGGGACAUGGUACCGCGGUUGCACAGUCCUCAACUGAGCCCUCCUUCUGCCUCACUCAACUCCCCAGAUGGUACUUUGGUCACCAGUUUCAGUUCAACCAAUCUGAACGGACUAGGUUUACAAAACCACCCACCUACACUAGUGCAAAUAGCACCUCCUCAACGUGACUGUUCUCCAUCUCCCCCAGUAGUUACCCUCCAGGCUGCCCCUUCUGUGAACCAGCACCAACAGUCCCAACAACAGACAAUGCAAAUUUCUACUAAAAAUUCUAGUCCAGGAUCCCUCAGUGUCCCAGCCAUAGCUGCUGAUGUGGAGGAGAUCAAUACCAAAGAGUUGGCCCAGAGGAUCAGUGCCGAAUUGAAGAGGUAUAGCAUUCCCCAGGCCAUUUUUGCCCAGAGAGUGUUGUGUAGGUCGCAAGGAACUCUUUCGGAUCUAUUGAGGAACCCGAAGCCUUGGUCCAAAUUGAAAUCAGGAAGAGAAACGUUCAGAAGGAUGUGGAAGUGGUUGCAGGAGCCGGAGUUCCAGAGGAUGUCUGCUCUUCGGCUCGCAGCUGCACAGAUACCUCAACGAGGCAGUAGUUGGUCCCCUCAAGGUCCCCCAAAGGAAUCAACAAGUUGCAAACGGAAAGAGGAGCAUACGAACAAUUCGGAACAACUACCGACCCCCAAGAAGCCGAGGCUAGUUUUUACAGAUCUCCAACGACGUACUCUGCAAGCUAUUUUCAAGGAAACUAAGAGGCCAUCAAAGGAGAUGCAAGUAACGAUAGCUAGGCAGCUAGGCUUGGAACCAACAACAGUAGGAAACUUCUUCAUGAAUGCGCGACGAAGAUCAAUGGACAAAUGGAAAGACGAGGACCCCAAGGCAGCAGCGCAAGCGCUACUCCACCAGCAGAUGUCACCAGACAUGGAUCACGACGAUUUGGAUCAGGACGGCGAUAUGGACAAUGACCUGGACGAUCAAGAUGAUGUCUUGUGACAUGCGUUUCGUGACAGACAAUUGUUAUUGCUGUGACACUUCAUAUGAGUGUAGUGUUCCAUAAAACAAUUAGCAUAUAGUGUAGAUUCACCAAUUGUGUAUUUGACCUAGUUCAUUUCAUUGAUUUCCUUGUCGUUCACUUCAUAUUUUAUAUUCAGACAUUCUCAGAAAUUGAGCAUGACUCAUUGUGAAGUUUAUUCCCUAUACAGACUCACUUUGAAUCUGACUGCCUACACUAAUCUACAUAGUUUUUUGUGAGCAUCAUGUACCUGCCUAAUAAUAAUAAGGCGGUACCUACUAAGAUUCAUUGUAUUUUCACUCUCAGAAUUUCCCUGAAUACAUGAGAUAUCUUCUCAUUGUACGAUAGCUCAACUUGUCAUAACAUAAAUGCAAUUCAGUUUCUAUAGGAAAUAUUCAAUCCAUGAAAAUGUAAUGCGCACCAAAGAUAUGGUCAUAUAAAUUUUGAGUAGGUUGUCUAAUCUGAACAUUUGAUAUCGAACUAGUCUUGAAAAUACUCUUCCAAUUCAUGAAAAAGUUUGAAAUAGUUUGGAUAGGUGUUGUGAACAAAUCAAUAUCAAUAUAAGAUAUAGCAGUUUUUCCCAAAUCCAAACACAAAUAUGGCAUGAGCCGAUUGGAUCAAGAUAUUCUGCUAUAGGCUUCUACAAUUUUUUGCCUCCAUAAAGUGGAAACCAAUAGAUGGAAACACGUUCCUUGUUUGAGCCAAAUAGAUAUUCGCAAUAUUCAUAACACUGGUCCUGUUUCAUGUCAUUUGAAAACUAUGGCAUGUUAUCUGUUUCCAUAUUAUAACGCCCCUCUACAUAUCUUAUGCAACACUGAAAAAUAUUUUGUCCUUGCAGGACUUUAGUAGAGAAAAAAUACUAAUUAAUUUCUAUAGUUCAGCAUAUUAUACCAAAAUUCAUUGCUUUACUCACAGCAGUGGGGUAUGUUCAAUACCCCUGCAAUAUAUCGUGUGCUGGCUCAUCAAAUAGGUACUUGAUAAAUGACGUGAAUAUUAGGACCUUCAAUAUUAGUGAACAUUUUGUUGUUUCUUGGAAAAAAACUUGUGAUUUUAAUGAUCCAUAUCGAGUUUUGAAGAAUAUUUCAUAGAUACUCAUUGGCUAUUUCAAACACGACAAAUUGUGAGUAGAUGAUUCCCAGCAUUUGCGUAUUCCUCUGACUAUCAAUUAGUGAACAUUGUUUAUCGUUUUUAUCCAAUUUAUACCUCGAGAAUAUUGAGUAGUCGACACUUGUUUUCCUAUGUUGUUCCUUGUAAAAAUGUUGAGUAUAUAUAUUUAAUCACCAGUAGUACAAAAUUUUCACUAUACUCGAAUCAUUACGAGCUUCCGAUCACUUCAAUUGAGGUAGCCCCGUUUGAUUUAUAGGAAUCUCCUCUUCAUUUUGUGAUCGCAUGUUACCGAUCCAUUAUAAGUCAACCGUAAACUUACAUUCCAUUUAUUUUAUCAGAUCUGGAAAUAGGUAUCUGAUCUUAGUGAUACUGUUAUAUAGUUUUGUAGGCUGAAUUUGAAAUGUGAAUGGAAUCAGCUUUCAAUUGUGCUAUACACAAAUAUGAGAAACAUUGAUUCAUCUGAUAUUAUUAGAGGAGACAUUUAUUCUAAUCAAAAAAUUUAACGAAUGCUUCCAGGCAGCGUUCAGUUCCUCUAGACUCAAAUUGAAUAUUUUAAUGUUCAUAAACUGAUUGUAUACUGUUUUUUUUUUGUAAUCUCCAUCAAUAUGCGCAUGAAGUUACAGAAUUGUUGAAUAUACUGGUUCCAUUUUUCAUGAGAUUACUAUUUUUUACUUCGGUGAGAAUUUCGAACAAUUUGUCUUUCAUGUUAUGAAGAAUCGUAUUCAUAUAUUGUAUUAUUACUUCAAUAUGUUAUUUUUGAGUUAUCUUGAGAAUACCAGAAAAAUAGGUUGAAAUGAUUCAUAAAGAUGGUCAGUGGAUCUGCCAUAUCGGCAAUGCACUGACCAUAGUAUUCAAAAUUGAAUGCAUGGAAGAUUAGUCAAUGACACUUUGUAGAAAGAGAAACAUGCCAGAGAUCAAAACAGUGAUGAGCAUCGAAAGUAGAAAAUUUCAAGAGAUGGUGAAGUUUGAUGAGCGUGGCCACAAGGAAGGGUCAGAUGAUCCUGAACAUAAAUAAAACAUACAUAAAACACAAUAUCGUAUUCUUGAUCUACGUUUGAAUAUUAUUUUCUGAAAUCCUGAUGGAUUGAGAAAUUCGAAUCGCUGACCAUUCUUAAGACUUCAUCAACGACGUCUUGCACCAAAAAAUCAAUCGAAGUAUCAUUAUGAAAAAUUGGUUUUCAUUUCUGAUAUUUUUGCAUUAUUUUGAUUUCAAUAAUCUCAAGCUAUUACAGCAGUAUCGCUUGUUACACCUGGCAACGUUAGCACUAGCCUAUAUUGAAUGACUUCCAUUAUUUCACUGAGAUAUAAGUAUAUCGCGAAUAAUUCACCUGUGAUGACGUAGCGACACUAGGGCUGCGGAUCCUAUAAAAUGACGUGAUAUUGUGAUAUCUAAGUAUACAUUCAUCCACAGAUAGGGAGUUCCAAAGUAUUGACACUCUUCAACAAAUAAGGAAUUCGAAUGAUAUCUAUCUAUCUAUCUAUCUAAUUUUGACUAUUAUCUCGAAAUUUCGACUAUAAUCUCGAAAUUCCGACUUUUAUCUCGAAAUUUCGACUUCUAUCUCAAAAUUUCGACUCUUAUCUCGAACUUUUGACUUUCAUCUCAAAAUACCGAUUCUCAUGGCAGAAUUUAGAAUAUGUUCCUAAUAUAUCGAAAUACUAAUUCAAUUUGAAUAAUGUUCAAUCCCCUGCAGUAUUCCUAUGAUUAUGUUCGCUAUUUUCGACUCUAAAAUUCAUUUGUUUCUACUGAAGGUAGAAUUAUAACCAAUUUCUCGAUCACAGAGUGAACAAAUAGGCAUGAAAAUUCGGGGGAAUCAUCCAUCAUUCUCGUAAUGGUCCAGAAUUUCCCAAAGAAAAAGACAAACACUCACUUUUAUGACCACAUAAAAUUCAUCGAGUAAAAAGUCGAACUUUCGAGAUGAAAGUCGAAAUUCUGAAAUAAAAGUCGUGAUUUCGAGAUGGAUGUUGGAAUAGCGGAAUAAAAGUGGAAAUUCUGGGCUAAAAGUUGAAAUUCCGGGAUACAAGUCGAUAUUUCGAGGUAAUAGUCGAAAUUCCGAGAUUGAAGUCGCAAUUUCAAUGGACAAAAAAAAUAAUAAACGCGUUGCACUUCUACGCUCCGUACUCAAUUGAUUCUUCUGAAGAGCAUUCAUUCAGGAAGUUAUAAUAAAGUCUCAACUUACGAUAAUGCAAAAGUCAUAUUAUCCAGUUGAGUUCAUUUCAAUUACGGAAGUAACCGGCUCGAUUUCGAAUCGAAUAAAAAAAUAAGAAUAGAUCCUCCUUAUAGGUGAGCCCUUGCACGUCUGCAUCUCCAUCAUGAAACAUGCAGCGGUUGGACUAAAGUAGGAGCUCUAAUAAUAAAACGGGUGCAUCAGAGGUAUCAAAUCAGAACGCAAAGUAGGUAUACGGCUGAUAUUGUGUUAUUGUAUCAUUGAAUCGGUUCUCCAUUGAAAGUACCUACUUACCUUACUCCUAUGAAUGUGGAGUGAAUUAUUGGAGCUCAAUCAGCAGGCCUCUUUCAGUGAUCGGUGCUACCCACUGUUCGAGCACAAAAUUCGCAUUGCUAUCAAAUUUAGAGUAAGGGUCAAGAUGGUAGGUACUUCUUAUCAUUACAAUAUCUCUUCAAUAGCUUUUUACAAAGUGUCACCGAAUAUUGUGCAAUGAUUGCUUUCAAAUUACUAUAAUAUAUUGUGUUAUUGUUGAAAAUUGAACAACAGGAAUAUUCCUGAUAACAAAUAGAUGUAUCUCUUUUAAAAUAUUUCGUCUCAUUCCGAUCAUGGGAGAUGAUCGAUUAAUGCAUUAACAUGAGGAAAAAUUCAAAGACAAGCAUUCCAUUGAUAUAGAGUGGGGAUUUGAAGAGUGUGGCUGAGUAUAUGAAGACAAUGAAAGUUAACUGAUAUAUUUUGAAUUGUCGGAGAAUCCUUCACAUAAUUCUAAAAGAAAGUUCAAGUGAACAAUGUGAAUUCCGAUAUGCAUGAUGAUUUUGUAUGAUCUAGUCACAACUAAUUUAUUGAAAUGUAAAUAAUUAUUGUCAUCAGUUGUUUAAUUUUAUGUAUUGUAUUUAUUCACACAGGAUAAGAUACAUUAAUUUAAGAUGAAAUAAUGUUAGAUAAUAUGUAAUAACUUGUUUCAGUGAGUAUAUUUAGUUUCAAAUUCAAUCUUUAGUGUAAAUUUCCUAGCACAUGUCUAUUCAAAUAGAUUAUUCUGAAGGUCAAAUACGAAUAAUUACAUUUCUACACAAAAAUUUGUAAAAUAUCAAUAACGCUAUUUUUGGUAAAAAAUCUAAAUCUUAUAUUUUAGCACAAAGAGAACGGUUUGUAUAUAAGUACGGCUAGAUAAUGUACAAAAUAGCAUUUUCCAUUUUGUGUUUUUGUAUACGGAAAUAGUAGUUGAAUUUCAAGGUAUGUUCGCCAUGGCUGAAAAAUGUGUAUUAAAGCAUCAGUUAUUGUAAAAUCCUCUCGUUUGUGAAAACUAUCAAAAAGUAAUAGCAAUAUGAAAUUUCAGAUUAUGAGUGACUUGCUAUUACUAGCUUGAAUCUUGUAUUGGAAGUCUGUGACGAUUAAAAUAGGUAUACUACUUUUAAAAUAUCUAUGUUCACAGGGUGUCAGGAGAGGUCAUGUCGUAAAUGAUAUAGGGUUGAUAGAGUGAGCCAGAAUAAUGUUGAUAGUUCAUAUAAAAAAUAGGUUAAUCGCGCUUCGCUACGGAGUUAUUGACCUUGAAAGUUAGGAUAAAAAACAUUGAUUUCAUGUACAACAUUCAUGCGGUUGCCAUAGUAUCAAUGAUAUUCAGGUAGGUGAAUGAACUCAUACUAAUGCAAUUUUCCAUAUACGUAAACGGUUUUUCAGAGAUUAUGUUUUAUUCAGGAUAGGACUAUUUUUUCCCGUUUUAUGGAAGCAUUUUUAACAAGGGUGACGAAUUCAACAUUUUGCAUCCAUUGUUUAUUGAUCUUUUUUUUCUACGAAAAUGUCAAACCUAAUUUCAAUCGAUAUUUUGUACCGAUCUAGAGAAAAUCGUAUUGAAAAACAUACAUCCCAACCAUCCCAAAGGCGAUGAAACUCAAUUUAUCAUCGAUGUAUGGAUUGGAUUCAUUGGCAACAGCUCGAUCAUGGAUCUCAUAUCAUUAAUGGAACUUUAAAUGUAAGUAAAUAUUCAACUGUUUUGCAAGAACAUCCAGAUCCGUUGUGAGAAGAAAGUCUUUUUAAUAUCCGUGAUGAUGUAGCUAAUGCACGAUGGUGCACUUCCUCAUUUCAACAAAACUGUGAGAAAUCAUUUGAACAUCACAUUUCCCUAUGGUCCUUUUUUAUUGCCACCUCGUACACCUAAUCUUGAUCUACUUGAUUCAUUCCUUUGGCUAUCCCAAAUGUUGUCUAUGAAACAUCUUUGAAUAUGAGAAAUGUGCAUUAUUCCAGGGUUUUUGGGAUUUUCUCUCCUCGUUUCUAUAAAAUAGAAAAAUAUGAAUAUUUAUUAUUUCAAUAUACGUGUAGUGAGGACAAAUCAUCUGAUUUGUCCUCACUACAAGAAAUCUGGAAUAAUGAAUGUACGACCUCCUCGAUUCACCUACAGACAGUAUAUAAGAAAUGUGCUUUUGAAUUAAAUUCUCACAUCUGCACACGCCGUAAGAAUGUUUCAUCAUCAAAUGUUAUCUCGAGUACAACGCUGAUGUUUUGACAACUUCAGGUGGAAUGUAUGUUUUGAAAUUUUAUUUUCUCUAGAGCGGUACAAGAUAUCGAUUAAAAUAGGUUAGACCAUUUUUGUAGAUGAAAAAUGAAGAAAUCAAACGGUGGAAGCAAAAUGUGAAAUUUGUCACCUGUGUCAAAACUGCCUUCAUUGAACGAAAAAAAAAAAAAAUCGUCCUAUCCUGUAUAAAAAAUAUUCACUGAGAAGCCGUUUACGAAUAGAAAGGUGCAAUGAUAUGAGUUAAUUUACCUGCCUGAAUAUUAUUGAUACCAUGGCAACCGUUUGGAAGUUAUACAUGAAAAUCAUUUUUUCAUUCUAACUCUCAAGGUAAAAUGGACAUUUUUUUAUAUCAUCAUUUUGGCUCACUUCAACUUUC